GCCCCGGGUAGCUUAAAGGAAACCCAUCUCUUUAAAACCAGAGUGCCGGACCGGGCUAAAAACAUUGCAAGUACAAGACAAAAUGGUUUGCCUAAAAAGGUUCUUUUUCUAGCCUGUAUGUUAUCACAGGGGGAUUGCAGAGAGCUGAAUGUAUUUCCUGUUUUACUGCCUGUGCAGGAUGUUGUGCACAGGGCAUAUCUUUGGCUUUGUUCACAUUAUACUUGGUUUUUAAUAGUGCUGUGAUCCGACAGUGUGUUUUUUGUGGCUAUUUAUACAGUCGGCUUGCAGAGGGACGUAGCAUGUUUGAGCUCAGACUAAUGCUUUAAGAGUUAUUUAAGGAAAGUUUUGCUAUUUGAGCUUGAAAACAAAGAUCAUAUGCUUUUUUCCGUCUGUCAGAUUUGGGUCGGCACCGUAAACACUUAAAACUGGCAGCAGUUGUCGCUUGUGUUGAAACGGAAAUGCGGUGCGUGUCUUUUUAAGGAUAUGCAAAUAUGAAUGAACCGAAUGAACCCGGGAACCGCGUGCGAUUAGUGCGCUGCCAGCUCUCGCUCGUACUCUGAGUCAAGGCUGCACAGACUGAAGCAGGCAGACUUUUACACUUCAGUUUUUGACAACUGCUUUGCAAUUUUAAGGAAGUAACAGAUUUUAGACUCAUUUUAGCAGCUUGAAGUGAACAAAUAAAGAGAAGCCUUUAAAAAGAUUCAACAUUAAGGCACUAACAUGAAGACUCAUUUAGCAUGCCUGACCUCAGCUGCACUACUAAUUACUGGAUUCUUUAAUGCACCCAGCACAAUCGCAAACUAAAUGCAUCCUCUAUUCUCUGGACUUGAGAGGCUAAAAAGUGAACAGCCUUUGUUCAGUCACUCACAAAGUCACAUCAAAAUAAAUGCGAUUGUCACACAGUGGCGAUAGCCAUUCAUCCCCUGCCUGGUGGAGUUUCAGUGUGCACUGCUGUGCCGCCAGCAUUUGAAGUGAAUUAAUUCCUCAUAUUGCAGAGAAGAAGGCGAAACUGGUGUCUGUGAUGAACUCAAUGGAGGACCAUGGCGAGGUAGAGUCGGAGCCCCAAAAAGACAGCUCCAUAAUCACCGUCCCACUGCUUUUUCCUCCACCAACGCCGCCAAUGCAACAGCAACCGCCACAGCCUCAAACUCAACCUCAGACCAACAUCAAACCCCAGCCUUCUCCCCAGCAGCAACCUCCACCAUUCCAACAGCAGCAGCAGCCUACGGAUCCAGCCUCUCCAACUGUUGCCACCACCCCAGAGCCCGUUUCUAUAGGGGAUGGAGACAAGACCUCACCCAAGUCCACUGACACGGAGUCCGAGUACGAGGAUGGCCGAGGUUUCGGCAUCGGUGAGCUUGUGUGGGGAAAGUUACGAGGAUUCUCCUGGUGGCCUGGACGGAUUGUAUCCUGGUUGAUGACUGGACGCAGCCGGGCGGCCGAAGGAACCAGAUGGGUCAUGUGGUUCGGUGACGGCAAGUUUUCUGUGGUCUGUGUUGAGAAACUGUUGCCUUUGAGUUCCUUCCACAACGCCUUUCACCAGCCAACCUACAAUAAACAACCAAUGUACAAGAAAGCCAUCUUUGAGGUGCUACAGGUAGCCAGCACUAGAGCGGGGAAAACCUUCCUCACAUGCCCGGAGAGUGACGACACUGACACUUCUAAGUCAGUAGACAUGCAAAACAAACAGAUGAUUGAAUGGGCCAUGACAGGAUUUCAACCCACAGGACCUAAAGGUUUAGAGCCGCCUGAAGAGGAGCGUAACCCCUACAAGGAAGUGUAUCCUGAGAUGUGGGUGGAGCCAGAGGCGGCGGCCUACACGCCCCCACCAGCAAAAAAGCCCCGCAAGAGCACAGCCACAGAGAAACCCAAGGUCAAAGACAUCAUCGACGAGCGGACUCGAGAGAGGCUUGUAUUCGAAGUUCGUCAAAAAUGUAGAAACAUUGAAGACAUCUGCAUCUCCUGUGGCAGCCUUAAUGUUUCCCUGGAGCACCCGCUCUUCAUUGGCGGAAUGUGCCAAAGCUGUAAGAACUGCUUCCUAGAAUGUGCGUAUCAAUACGAUGACGAUGGCUACCAGUCCUAUUGUACUAUCUGCUGUGGAGGGAGGGAAGUGCUCAUGUGCGGAAACAAUAACUGUUGCAGGUGUUUCUGUGUGGAAUGUGUGGAUCUGUUGGUGGGGCCCGGCGCGGCGCAGGCAGCUAUUAAAGAAGACCCGUGGAACUGCUAUAUGUGUGGGUCGAAGGCUCAAUACGGCCUGUUAGAGCGCCGGGCAGAUUGGCCAUGCAGACUGCAGCACUUCUUUGCCAACAAUCACGACCAGGAUUUUGAACCACCAAGGCUCUACCCUCCGGUUUUGGCAGAGAACAGAAAACCCAUUCGUGUCCUGUCACUUUUUGAUGGGAUCGCAACAGGGCUGCUGGUUCUGAGGGAGCUGGGUAUCCAGGUGGAGCGUUACGUGGCCUCAGAAGUGUGUGAGGACUCCAUUACCGUUGGCCUCGUUCGGCACCAGGGACGCAUCAUGUAUGUGGGUGACGUGAGAAAUGUCACCCGUAAACAUAUCCAGGAAUGGGGUCCUUUUGAUCUUGUCAUAGGUGGAAGCCCGUGCAAUGACCUCUCCAUAGUGAAUCCAGCAAGAAAAGGUCUCUACGAGGGCACGGGUCGGCUGUUCUUCGAGUUUUACCGGCUGUUACAUGAGGCCCGACCGAAAGAGGGAGAUAACAGGCCGUUUUUCUGGCUCUUUGAGAAUGUGGUGGCCAUGGGCGUCAGUGACAAGAGGGAUAUCUCACGCUUUUUAGAGUGCAACCCAGUGAUGAUCGAUGCUAAGGAGGUGUCUGCUGCCCACAGAGCUCGCUACUUUUGGGGUAACCUGCCUGGCAUGAACAGACCGUUGACUGCCAUGUGCACUGAUAAACUGGACCUUCAAGACUGUUUGGAGCAUGGCAGGACAGCUAAGUUUGAUAAAGUGCGGACCAUCACCACACGGUCAAAUUCCAUAAAGCAGGGCAAAGACCAGCACUUCCCUGUAUUCAUGAAUGACAAAGAGGACAUCUUGUGGUGCACUGAGAUGGAGAGGGUGUUCGGCUUCCCUGUCCAUUACACAGACGUGUCAAACAUGAGUCGUCUGGCCAGGCAGAGGCUGCUGGGAAGGUCUUGGAGCGUCCCGGUCAUCCGUCACUUGUUUGCACCACUCAAAGAGUACUUUGCCUGCGUCUGAACUCAAACCCAGUACAGAUGAGAAAAAUCUAAACCGAUGUUAUACCAAGAGCUUUGAAACCGAGCUCUCGUAUGUUAUUUGCAAGUUCAACAUCAACAACAACAACACAAAAAAAAAAAGGUAUUUCAUGUUUUGUUUUGGGUUUUUUCUUCUGGUUUGGAAUUAAUUGACUCUCUUUUUUUUAAAUUCUAUUUAAUUUUUUAUUAUCCAUUUUACUUUUUAGCAGUGUUAUCCAGUAUUUGAAUUAUGUGUGCAAGCUAUACUUGAGACACGGCCUCCUUUUAAGGCACUGAGAGACGAUGUUACAAUUCGAGGCAGAAAUGAGACGGAAAUCGCAUUUAAACAUUUCGACUCCUGAGUUUUUCGACUGUCGGGUCGCGGAUCGAUCUUAUUCUCACGGUGCGCGUCUUUCCUCUCCUCCAGCGUCUGAGCCUUUGGUGAGAGAGUGGGGAAAAAAGGCUUUCUCUUCAGUGUCAGGGGAGCUUUGUCUUAACCAAUCCAAAACACCAGAUCACAAAUACCUCUUUGUUUACAGUUUCUAUACACGACUGAAGGUAAUAAAGGUACUACUGUAAUAGGUGACAAUAUGGUGCUUCAAGGUGGUGAAAAACAUUGCAACUCAUGUGGUGCUACUAUGUUUUGUAGCGUCGCCAGGUAAAACGAAUGACUGAAACUUUGAAAAAAAAAAGAAAAAAAAAUAUGUCAGGUCAAGCCGGGUCUGCCACAUCUCAUUUUAUAUCUUUUACAGCCUUUUUGUACAAUAUUCUCUGGUGCUCUUUUAAAAAAAACAACAAAAAAAUAAAACAAAACACGCCUCAGCCUUUCAAUCUUUGAGGUCUGCUUCCUUCAGUAUGCCUGCAGUCUGAACGCAUGGAACCAGCCACAUGGGCGGUGAUGUUUUUGUCAUCUAUACCUUGAAAUCAAAGGCUGUGGUGAGCUACUUUUUUUCUAGUGUCACCCAGACCAGAAUCAUUACUGUACAACUCUUAGCGCGCGUGGCGUCCGCGGGGAGGAUGGCGUCGGUCCUUCGUCGGCCAGGUGAAUCGACCUUCAACUGCGGCGCCCGCGUGCUAUUCUCAGUCAGGUGCAAAUCUUUAAAGGUGCGGCUUCACAAUGUUCUUCUACCUUUUUAUAGCAAUUUUUUGUGCUGUGUUACCAACAAUAUCGAGCACUUUUGUAUAUGUAUACUUCUUUAUUUCUUUGAUAUAUUUUUUUUUUUUUUUUUUAAAUCUUUCUCCUUGAUUCUUGUGAAUUGUUCUCUAUUUUUUUUUUGGUUCUGUUAAAUGAUGUGAAACUCUUGCCGUUAUAUAAGGUAAUACUUUGUUGUGUACAGUAGGGCUGUGCCAAUAGAUGUGAAUGAAUGAGCUAGGAUAGAAUAAAUCCAUCUGUCGUGCCGGUGGUGAAGGGGACGAAUUCAAAUAGCACCCCUCUCAUGUUUCCAUGUGCUACGGAGUCGCUUUAUCAUAACUCGCGUCGAGAAAUAGGUUCUUAUAUAAUCUCAAAGUGAGUGUGCUUGUUAAAUAUCCCUGUAGGAAAAGUAGUCGGAUGGGGUGUCGGUAUAUGACAUCGCACGGUCGUUAACUACGUCUGGUCCCUAGCGUAGAUCUGAAAACAUUAUUAUGUUUGCAAAUGGUGGAUGUUGACCAUGUCAAUAUUUUAGUUAUCACACAAGCUAUAUAGGCUAAAUUUGGUUAGAAAUGGGCUCUAAUGGAAUCCUUGUUAGGCUCUUUU